CUGGCUCGGGCGGACAUGGCGGCGGCGGCGCGGGCGCGGUGGGGCGGCGCGCGGGGCCGGCGCUGGCUGCUGUGGUGGCUGCUGGCGGCGGCGCUGGCCCCGCGGCCGGCCCGGGCCCUGAUCGAGGGCCUGUACUGCGGGCGGCAGGUGUGCUACGACGUGCUGGGCGUGAGCCGGGCCGCGGGCAAGGCCGAGAUCGCCCGCGCCUACCGGCAGCUCGCCCGCCAGUACCACCCGGACCGGCACCGCGGGGAGCCGGCCGGGCCCGGCGGCGAGACCCUGCAGACGGCGCACGAGAAGUUCCUGCUCAUCGCCACCGCCUACGAGACCCUCAAGGAUGAAGAAACACGUAAAGAUUAUGACUAUAUGUUGGAUCAUCCUGAAGAGUAUUACAGCCAUUAUUAUCACUAUUACAGCAGGAGAUUGGCACCUAAAGUGGAUGUUAGAAUAGUGAUUCUAGUCACUGUAUGUGCUAUCUCUGUGUUUCAGUUCUUCAGCUGGUGGAGUAGCUACAACGAGGCCAUCAACUACCUAGCUACAGUGCCAAAAUAUCGUAUACAAGCAUCUGAGAUUGCCAGGCAGCAAGGCCUGCUGAACAGGGCUAAAGAAAAAGGCAAAAACAGACGGUCUAAGGAAGAAAUCCGUGAGGAAGAGGAAGAAAUAAUCAAAGACAUUAUCAAAAAUAAAAUAGAUAUAAAAGGCGGCUAUCAGAAGCCUAAAAUAUAUGAUAUCCUCCUAUUCCAAAUCCUCUUAGCUCCUUUUUACUUGUGCAAGAAUAUAGCUUGGUAUUGUUGGUGGAUUUACUGUUUUAAUAUUAAAGGGCAAGAAUAUGGUGAGGAAGAGAAGCUGUAUAUCAUACGCAGAUACAUGAAAAUGUCACAGGCUCAGUUUGACAGUCUGGAAGAUAAUCAGAAAGAGACUUUUCUGGAACGGCAGCUAUGGAUAAGAGAGAACUAUGAGGUCUACAAGCAAGAACAAGAGGAAGAGCUAAAGAAGAAAAUGGCUAUGGACCCCCGAUGGAAGAGAUAUAGGCGGUGGAUGAGGAAUGAAGGACCUGGAAGAUUAACGUUUAUUGAUGACUGAAGGCUGCUGAACAAUGUAUAGUACUGAUAAACCUGACUUGCAAAAAAUUUUCGUAGCUAAAUUUUCAGAGUUUUAUCUGCUGUGCCUCGGCAGUGAUCUAAAACUCAGGAAUAAUUUCAUCAGGCAGAAAAUUAGUAUAAGUUUACCAUUUUUUAUAAAUAAAAAUGCAUCUGUUAAACAGAGA